CAUUACUGGCGUUAGUUGUCAGAAAUCAACAUAACCUCUACCCGAAAAUCCUAACCUCUCAAUAAUUUCAAUUUAUUUACAUUUGGCUGAAAGAAAAUGUUUAGGAAUCUAUUGAAGUCGCAAACAAUACAAUUAUUAGUAAAACGAAACGCCGGACAUUCGAAAUGGGCGAACAUCAAACAUACGAAAGGUCUGAAGGAUGCUCAACGGGGAAGUCUCUUCACAAAACUCAGCAGGCAAAUAAAAAUAGCUAUUACAGAGGGUGGUUCCAUUGAUCCGAAACUGAAUUUGAAGCUCGAGCAGGUUUUGGAGCAAGCCAGAAGAGCCAAUAUGCCAAUGUCGACUGUGCAAAAUGUUAUCAAGAGUUCUCAGGUCGAUAAAAAGCAAUGCAAGAGUCAUAUGUUCGAAAUUAAGGGUCCAGGUGGUUGCAUAAUCCUGUGCGAAAUUUUCUCCGAUCACAUUCACAUGUCCAAGCAGCAGAUUGCUACAAUCGUGAAGAAAUAUUCUUGCAAAUUUUCUGAUGGCGGAGGAAGGCAUCUGUUCGAAGAGAAAGGCAUAAUCGAAGCGGAGAUACCGGAAGGCAGUGGAGAGAUUUUGGAAUUGGCAACGGAUCAUGCAAUCGAAUGCGGCGCAGAGGAUGUCAAAGUUGGAGAGGAUACUUUGGAGUUCAUCUGCGGAUCAACAAAUCUGAAGAAAGUAGCGGAUGCUUUGGAAAACGCCAAAUACAAUAUCCUGAGCGCAUCCGUCGAGUACAUCCCGAUGCGACAUCAAACUUUAAGCGAUACUGAACUGCAAACGUGCAGCGCACUAUUUGAAAAAUUGGAGAAUUUACCCGAAGUUGUUAAACUGCACGACAAUAUAGCGUAGUCUAUAGAUUUAUUUAUUUUUUUA